AUGGAAUUCAUUUUCUGCAAAUGGGUAUUUGUUUUUCUACUGUCAGCUUGGUUGAUCAUCUCUAUUGCUUCCUCAGUUGAAGGGUUAUCUGGGAGUUCAAAGGUAAGAGGAGUGAAUUUGGGAGGAUGGUUGGUUGUAGAAGGUUGGAUUAAGCCUUCUCUGUUUGAUGAAAUGCCUAACAGAGAUAUGCUUGAUGGUACAGAGGUCCAAUUUAGAUCAGUGACAUCAAAGAAGUAUAUGUCAGCAGAAAAUGGGGGUGGUAUGAAGAUUACAGUUGACAGAGAUGCUCCUUCUUCAUGGGAAACCUUUCGGUUAUGGAGAGUUUCUAGUUCAGAAUUUCAGCUCCGGACUUUUCAAGGAAAGUUUAUGACGUGUAAUGUUGGAGAUGGCAAUGUGUCUGCAACUGCAAGCACACCGUCAUCAACUGAGACAUUCUACAUAGAACGAAAUGAGAGAAAUAGAGUCCACAUUAAACAUAAGAUCAGUGGGACCUACCUGCAGGCUUCAACCUUGAAUGAAAUCACUGCAGACUACCAAGGGAUUCCAGGGUGGGAUGAUAAUGUAGCUACAUUUGAGAUGACAAUUGUAUCUAAUGUAAUCCAUGGAGAUUACCAGCUUGCCAAUGGACUUGGACAUGAUAAGGCCAAAAAAGUUCUUAUGAAGCACAGAAACAGCUUUAUCACCAUGGAAGACUUCAAGUUUCUCUCUAAACAUGGAAUAAAUACCGUAAGAAUCCCAGUUGGAUGGUGGAUAGCCUUUGAUCCUAAUCCUCCCGCCCCAUUCAUUGGCGGAACCUUGAAAGCUUUAGAUAAUGCAUUCUUGUGGGCACGGGCUUAUGAUAUUAAGUGCAUCAUCGACCUACAUGCAGCUCCAGGAUCUCAAAAUGGCAUGGAACACAGUGCUAGUAGGGAUGGUACAACAGGAUGGCCCAUGUACAUCUCUCAGACGUUGUAUGUAAUUGAUUUUCUAGCUUCAAGAUAUGCCACGCACCCAGCCUUGCUAGGGAUUGAGCUUCUAAAUGAACCAUCUGCUGCAACAGUUCCCUUGGAUGCACUAGUUUCGUAUUACAAACAAGGAUAUCAGACUGUAAGAAAACAUUCUUCAACAGCUUAUGUCAUAAUUUGUCAAAGAAUCGGCAAUGCAGAUCCUCUUGAACUUUAUGAAGCUAACAUUGGUCCUUCAAAUCUAGUACUGGAUUUGCAUUACUACAAUCUUUUCGACAAUUAUUUUGUUAACAAGACUGCUGCACAGAAUAUCCAAUUUAUUUUCAAGAACAGGCAACCUCAGCUACAAGCUCUGAACAAUUCAAAUGGGCCUCUUGUUUUUAUUGGAGAGUGGGUAAACGAAUGGAACGCAACCAAUAGUACUCAAUUGGAUUAUCAAGAUUUUGGCCGAGCCCAAUUACAGGUAUACGAUUCUGCCUCCUUUGGAUGGGCAUAUUGGACACUUAGAAAUGCUGAACUUCACUGGGAUUUGGAGUGGAAUAUCCGCAACAACUACUUGCAACUUAGUUACUCGCAGAAGACAGUGUCAUUUAGAAGUGUAUUGUGGCUGGGAUUGGCAUGUAGUUUGUCCCUUUAA